CAUGUAAUAGUUGCGGCACUGUAGGUUUGCGCAAGUGACUAUAGUUUGAGUCUGCCUUGUCGUUGCAUUUUCCGUUCGUUGUCGAGAAAAAUGGCGUCUCUCGUGGGUGUCCGACUUUUGAUGAGGAAUACCGGUACCCUUAAAAAUUCGAUCAGUCGAUUUUGUUUGCGAGGUGUUGUUACACAACUUCAAUUAAAUGAGAGAUCGUUUCACUGUGAAAGACAAAGUGCUAUUGCAUUUCUAACACAGGUAAACAGUGCAAAUAUUCGUGCAUAUUCUACAGAUGAUAAAGCUAAGAAGGUCGAAGAACGUGUAUUAAAAGUGAUUGCAGCCUAUGAUAAAAUAUCUGCUGACAAGGACACUCGAGUCAAGCAGGUGCGCCACUACAGCCAUAAGCCACCACAAACCCUUGACUUUAUUCGCCAGCGAGUACUUUUAGUACUCAAUCUCUAUGAUAAAAUUGAUCCUAAGAAGUUGAAACUGGAGUCUCAUUUCAUGACUGAUUUGGGCUUGGAUUCCUUGGAUCAUGUAGAAGUUAUAAUGGCAAUAGAAGACGAAUUCGGUUUUGAAAUACCAGAUAUGGAUGCAGAGAAACUGUUACGACCUGCAGACAUAGUGCGUUACGUCGCGGACAAAGAAGAUAUUUAUGAAUAAAUAAAUACCUCUGUCAUUUCUGACAAUGCAUUAGUCAACAAUUUUCAUUUUUAAAACAUUGUACAAACAAAAGAAAAACGAUCGAACUUUAUAACUCCUUCGCAAGCAACCAUUUACUACUGAUUUUCCUGUAUAUAGACAUUGUUAUUAAAAUAAAGCGAAUUAUUAGAGUAA